GGUGUGGGUUGAAAACACGAACAAAUUUCCUGCAGAAGGGGAUACAACAAAUGUGCGUUGCUGUGUGACAGUCAGCAUGUCGGCUUUCUGUUUGAAGCUCGUGACCACCUUUUGUCUCUGCUGCACAGCCCUGAGCGGCCCAGGGCACCGUGGAGUGGUGCGGAAAGAAGCUGGAGGAUCCGUCACCAUCCAGUGCCGAUCUGAAACGGGCCGGUACUCCCUGAGUCUGAGUAAGGAUCCCGGUAACAAACAAAUCUUGGUUGUAGAUGACCGGUCAAAAAAAAUGACCCCUGCUGGUGAAGUCGAAACCAGAUAUCAGGUGAAUGGAACAUUCCCAAACUAUGACAUUCUCAUCAACAACCUGACCUUUGACGACACGGGACUGUACUGGUGCACGUACUACUCGUCUUUGGAGAGGAGGAACACGACGUCGAUGCUCCUGGUGGUAGAAGCCACGACACUCAGGUGUGAGCAGCGAAACGACAAUCUGAUCCUGGUGUCGCUUUUGAUCUGUGCGGCCGUCCUGCUGGUCCUCAUCGCAUGCUUCCUCAUAUGGAUCAUCUCCAAGACCAGGAUGUGUACAACAAAGAAACCGCGGCACGUCCCCGGCAAUGAUGUUUAUGAGGACAUGCGUGCAACCAUCAGACGCUGAAGAUGUCGGCGUGCAGGCGAUGAGUCUGCAUCGCUCCAAGUGAUGCAUGCAACAAAUGUUCCUCAGCGCGAUCUGCAAGACAUCUCUUCGGGCCUCACGUGUGUCUGGGUGAAAGACAAUACAAUCAUAAUAAAGCAGGACACACUUUUGAACGUAGAAAGAAAAACAAUAUUCUCUAUCUGUAUGUCUUUUAUUGGCAGGCAAAUGAACUGGAUUGAACCCUUACAUGUAUUUGUGAUGUAAAUAUGUCUUCUUUCAUUUUGUACAUUUUUUAUAGCUUUUCACAAAUCAUUAUAUGUAAAAAUAAAAAAAGGGUACGGUUAACUUGUCAUACAAGAUGAUACUAUGUAUUGUGAUCAUAAUGGCUAUAAUUAGGUUCCUACUGAAUAAAGCAAUAAACCACUGGGAUUAGUUGACAUGUCUUAAAUCAUUUACUAAACCCGGUGGUUUCGUGGCACCGCAACCACCAACCAGCGUCUGAUCCAUCCCGUUGAUGCUCAAUGUGUUAAUACACUGUAAGACUUUGAUGUAAAUUUACAGUGAAAUUCCAACAGUUACUUACUGUAUUGUGCGAGUACAGUAUACUGCUGCAAAAGCAAGGCAUUCUGGGAGUUUUAACACUUGCUUCCAUUAUCCUAACAGCCAAGUAUUGUUUUUCACAGUAAUUUACUGGGUACUGCUAAUCUGAGGAAAGUAAGGAUGUAUUUAUUUUGAAGCUUAAAUCAUUUGAAUUAUAAUAUAUUACAUGUAAUGUCAUUUAGCUGACGCUUUUAUCCAAAUCGAUUUACAUUGCAUUUUUAACCAAUGUUUUUAUUCAUUUAAUUUUUUUAAACCAUUGCACACAGUGGGAGUGGUGUGCAGCCCAAGGGUUUGCCAGAAGCUGUCUUGGAAUUAACCCAGAGAGAGGUACAAAGGCACGAAAAGGAAAGGUGACCAGCAAAAGGACCAGUAAAAUGGUCCAAAAAAACCUGACAUCCCGGAAUCCCCAUUCCUCUUGUAUGACUACCCUGUCAUACAAAAAUGUCAUAUUUCAGUCUUUCACUCACUGACCACCCAACUCAUUCACGUUGCUUUUUGUAUUCAUAUGGGGUAUUUUUGAUUUAACUUUCUCUACAAUUUCCAAAAAGGCAUUUGUAUUGUUUUGUUUAAUAUUGAAGUUGGCUAAUUGAUGAGCACACAAUUUUGUUUAACAGCAUGGAUCCGUCAAGAACAAACCCCUUGUGUAUUGGCAGACUCUUUGCUUUUGAAACUGAUUAGUAAUGUUAUUUGUUAAGUUUAUUUAAGUACAAAUGUCAGCCCAUUACUUACUUGGAUAAACACACUCUCACACACGCAACUUGUCCAUUCCAUUUUGACUUGUAUAUAUUAUUUUGGUUUGAAUAUUCAAAUUUGUUAUUAUAAUG